UGCAUUCGAUUAUGGGACCGAGAGUACGUCGUUGCUGAAUUCGGGUUGCAGCUGUAUUUGAACAAUUGAUAGUACAUGCCGACGAGUGCGUGGAAUCUAGCAAGUUGCGCUCGUCAGAGGAACCUGGGCAAGGCCGUCAGGUUUCUCGCCGUUCUUCCGCCCCUUCCCACUUGCUGGGCAUCGAUGUCCAGAUCUCCGGGAAUUCACAACGAAGCACGUUAUUCCCCUGGGAUAACGCAAGGGACAACUCCCCCGGACUCGAUGAUAACUUCAGAGCAGGGCUUGACGACAGAAUGAACGUAGACUAUGCUGAGACGAAACUUACGAGAGAUUCUUCGAGUCGCAAAGCAAGUUCGAUACCCAGUCGUCCCCAAAGCCUUCAAUUUGGAGUCGAAUCACCACCUGCACUUCUCCGAGGUUCUGGAACAGACGAUGACUUCAUGUUUGACGUCCCCGCGGAUGGUCCCCCUGCCGCAUCUGAUGGAUCGGAUAGUCAAGCCAGUCUUCACAAGCUAGAAAAAAACUCCCUCAACUUCUUGGAGUACGCCCGGAUGCAGUACCGAUCUCUUUCCGGCUUAUCAUCACGCCUCGUUUUUGAUGAUGUGGUACCAAGGGCAAGCAGUACUUCACAUGUUGCCGCUGCAGCGAUGUACCACUGCCUCGUACUGGCAACGAAGGAUUUAUUAGCCCUGCAACAAGAAGAAUCAUAUGGCCCGAUUACAAUUCAGAUAAAAUAGCAUAAACUCUAUGGAAUGGUGACUGUAAUCCUGAUGUCUGUUGUCGUCAGAGGUGUGAACGAGAGUGCAC